UGUCAAUACUGCCACACACUUUAUGUCAUUGACCAUUUUUAUCAUUUCAUUGUAAAUAUGGUAAAAAUCAGUGGAUGUGCUUUUAUUUUUUCUGCUCUCAAUAUUGUGGAGAUGAUGACACUCAAUGUACAAGGUGAAAUUGGGGGAGAUGUGUCAUUCACAUGUUCAGACUGGAAGGUUUGGAUCAGUGUGAACACUAAUAAGAAGUACCUUUGUGAAAGUCCAUGCUCAAAAACAAAACACAUAAUCAUCACUGCUGCGCCUGGAAAGACUGAAUAUCGAAACAGAGUAAUCCUAAAUAACAAAGGGAAUGAUUUAUUAGUGACUUUCAAUAAUCUUGAAUUGGCAGACUCAAAAAAAUAUUACUGUGGAGUUGAGAGACACGGCUAUGAUCCACUUAUAGAGGUCAAUCUAAAAGUUGUACAUGGUCCUAAAAAACGUGCUAAGACAGUCACUCCUGGGUCAACUGUGUCCUUUGCUGUUUUAAACAGAACCAUUAUGCCUUUAAGCCAUUUGGAUAUUAUUACUAAUUCAUCUGUCCUAUCCUAUAUAACACCGACUACACCACCCAUUCAAAAAGCUGGAAUUGUGCCAUAUUUAAUUUUAGGUGUCAUUGCCAUAACACUGGUGAUAGUAUUGAUGGUCAUGUUGAACUUUAUGCAAACUUUUAAAAGAAAAAUGGAAAUUGUGUCUCCACAGGAAGAUGCACAUGUGGAUUUUACUUAUGAUGAAACUGGACCUGAAGACCAGCAGACUGCCAGACCACCGGUAGCCGUCUUGAGUGCAAGCCUCAGUAGACUGAACGCUGAUGUUGACUCUGAAAGUCUCUAUGCAAAUUAUCUCCAAGACAGUCAAUCAGCAGUGAUAAAUGAUUCAUUGUGCUCUUUUGCUCGACGACCCAAACAUAAAACUGAACACAAUGAGCAAAAAAGUAAUUCUAUAUAUUCCCUUGUUUACCUACCACAGGCAACCUGAACCUGACAACUGCGACAGGAAAUAAUUAAAAGGGAAUGCUGUUAAUAUUUAAUUUUUCUUUUUUUUUUUAUCUUAUAGCAGUGUUUUGUGUAAUGCAUGUAUGUAUGCAAAUAAUUUUUUUAACUGAAGCCUCUAAACGUAAGUCCAAGUCUAUUCCAAAUGAUCAAAAUAAGGAUUCGAAGGAUUGCAAUCAAAAUAAUCCUGCAAGCAGACAGAUGUUCUGUACACAGAGCAUCAAACAUGUGCUUUAGCCUCUGUUACUGAUAAGCAUUUUCAUAUUUUCCAUCAUUAUACUGUAAAUGAACGUCAAUUUCAGAAACACAAGCAGAACAAGAAAAAGAGAACAUGAUAAGGAAGGUGAGCAAGAACUUUUAACUCAUAUUCAGAUCUCCAAAAUGUGUAAAAUAAAUAUUUAUCCUGCACAGUGCAUUAAACAUCACAUAGUUUCUUAGUGAGUUGACUGAACAGCACAAAAUCAGAGCACAGGACCUGGCAUUAACUUUUUAACGUAUAAGAGUUAAAGUAAUCAUUCACUUGUUCUGGAAAAUUAGGAAUUUUUUAGGUAAAAAAAUACAUCAUACCUAAAUAUUCAACUCAGUUCAACUCAACUCGGUUUUAUAGUGCCAACACAUAACAGUCAACUUAAAGCACUUGAUAUUAAAGACUCUAUAGUAUUACAGAGAAUCAAAUGUUAAGCAAAUACAUUGGCACAGUAGGAAGAACGAACUCCCUUUGAACAGGAAGAGACCUUUAGCAGGACCAGGGUCAGGGAGAUUUGGCUGUGAAUAAAAGCAGGACUCAAACUCAUUUUAUAUCGAGGGCAACAUGCAGACCACUUUGAUGCUAAGUGGGCUGCACCAGUGAAACUCCCCUUUCUGUCAGUGUAAAGACGUUUCAUUACACAUUAAAUGCCUGAAUAUAAGAAAACGAAUUUCAAUUCCAAAAGUACGUCUCAGUCUUCCAACAUGAUAACGAAAUACUGCUUGGUAAAUGAAAGAAAUGUGUCAGCAUGACUGUUUGGGCUUAAACUGUAAGAAUUAAAUAUGUAUAUCUGUUAGCUCAAAACUGAACCCACUGAAAAUGUCCUUUUAUUGUGGACUCAUUGUAAAAAAAAAAAAAAGAAAGAAAGAAAGAAAGAAAUCAUUAUAAUCAGUAGGAAAUUUUCUGGUAUUUAGUUAAUGUGGUGUAGUAUGGGCCUAGGCCUUCAGUUUGACACCUCUGAAUGAAAGUGAUAGUUUUUUGUAUUUAUUAAAGUGACAUUAUACAGUAGACUUAUGUUACCAAGUAUAAAUAUUAUAAUUGUUUUUAACAGUGUAACUUUGACAGCUGCGUCUUCCUAAUAAAUUUGA